AUGGAGUAUGUGCGCUCAUCCUCCAGCCACAAUGAGUUCGCUUGUGGGUUAAUCAAUGACAUUUAUUACGUCGCAGCCCAGACCUCUUCCUUUAUGGUUUCUGCUGACGACCGGGUUCGUCUAGCUGGUGCGAGUCAAGGGCAAUUGAAAGUACUUCAGGGUGCCUUGGCAUGCAUAAGGAAGGAGGGGGUGGUUUGUGUGAUUGACAAGGUCAUAGAGAGCGUUGAGUUUGCCAAAGGGGUCCAUGAUGUUCAUGAGGCUUGUGAAUCCCUUGGGUUUAAGAAAGGGAGGCAACUGAGUGGUUGCUCCAGAUCUUCCAGUAAAUCCGAAGUUUCGGGUCCUAGCCAAGUAGCGAGCAUGUCCACAGAGGUCAACUCUGCGCUUACAUCUUUUGUCGAGACGCAUUUUGUUGGCCUCUUCCAUUUAGGGGAGUUAGAUUAUGAUGAAUUUCUUCAGUUUUGUGGCAAGCUUAUCCCGGGAGGUUCUUCCUCGGACUCCGAGGGCUGA